GUGGUAAAAUCAAGGAUGAAAACAGAAAAGAAACCUUCUUAUUGAAAAGUAGCAGUUACCCUUAGUAUCAAACAUUCCUUAAAGGUUGAGGAAAAAAACAAGGAGCACCCAACUGAAAGAGACACAUCACAAAACCUGUGUGAAGGUGCUGAAGAGGAUGAUGAUCAUGAUGAUGAUUAUGAUGAUGAAUCAACUGAACAGAAAGAGAGCAGAAAAACUGACCAUGAGUGCUUUUCUCUUAGGAAGUUUCAAGAACAUGUCGGUAUGCUACCUGCCUUAUGGAAUUGUGAAGAUGAAAAUAAUCUGAACCCAUGUGGAGUGCUCAGAGAAAAAACAUCUAAUGAAGAAAAGGUCAAAAAACAAGCCCAUGCCAUGGAAGACCUUAAUAACUUAAGUCAGUCAUCUGAAACAGCCUCAAAGGAUUUUGAGUUGGCUGACCCUAACUAUGAGAAAAUUUUGCUGUUGAUUGAACAACACAAAACAUCAUGUAAAGAUUCUGUUAGCCUAUCUGAAAUCAAGGAUGCAAUUAUUUCAUCUCAAAGAACAAUAGAACAUAAAAAAUGUCACUGCUUGCACAGUGUCCCGCUUAUAGAAAAACUUGCAAAAAUGGAAAAUGAAGUUUAUGAACUAAAAAUGGAGCUGUUGGAAGCCAAAAAAGUAAAACCCAAGCUACAACAUGAAAAAGCAGAGUGGAGACAUAAACUCUCAAAUUUGAUAUGUUACGUGCAAGAAGCAAUUACAAAGACAAGAGAUUCUGAUUAUGUUUUUAAAAAAAUUAACCUGUUAAGAGAAGGAGAAGGGGAUCAUAAUACUGAAAGGGAACUAAAAGGAGAACUUGAAGUCCUUCAUACAAUAAGAGAUAGGAACCUGAAUACUUCAAGAAAUAAGUUAUUUCAGGUAAAGUUUCAAAUUUCUUACUUUAUUUUAACAUUAAUUAUGAUAUUUGUAUAAUUUACUAUAUAUGUCAUGUUUCACUUAAUGAUUGGGAUAAGACCUAAGAAAUGUAUUGUUCAGUAAUAAUCUCAUUAUUAUGCAAUCAUAAACUUGCACUCACACCAUGCAAAGAACUGAAGAUGUC